UUUCGGCACUAGUAGCAGACCACGUUAAUCAAACCCGGACUGAUGGAUGGACAUUUGAAAUGAAACAGCGCGAUCCUCUCCUGCUUUUUCUAAGAACCUUUUAUAGAUCAAACUUAAGAAAUAUCUAACAUUAUGACUACGAAGAAACUUGCCAAAGAACUGGGAUUACUGAGGCAGCGGAGUCAGUCAACUAAUGGAUCCAAAAAGUUUUUAUCAAAUCAAAUAUUUGCAUACCUGAUUGUGAUUGAUUUUGAGUCAACUUGCUGGAAAGAGAAAAACAGCUAUGGCCAGGAAAUUAUUGAGUUUCCUGCUGUUCUGCUCAACACGUCCACAGGGGAGGUUGAGUCUGAGUUUCAUACGUAUGUUCAACCCCAAGAGCAUCCCCUUCUGUCCGAGUUCUGCACUGAGCUGACCGGGAUUAAACAGAUGCAAGUGGAGGCAGGGAUCCCCAUUCAGAUCUGCCUCUCUCAGUUCAACCGCUGGCUGCAGAAGCUGCAGAUGGAGAAAGGUGUGGUCUUUCCAAACGGACGACAGAUAUCUGCACCGUCACCUUCUCAGACAUGUGCUUUCGUCACAUGGUCAGACUGGGAUCUCGGAGUCUGUUUGCAGUACGAGUGUAAACGCAAGCAGCUCCAUAAACCUGAUGUGCUAAACAGCUGGAUAGACCUAAGAAGCACCUACAGGAUGUUUUACGACAGAAAACCCAAAGGCCUGAACGGGGCGCUUCAGGAUUUGGGAAUACAGUUUUCUGGAAGAGAGCAUUCUGGUCUGGAUGACUCCCGAAACACAGCUUGUCUGGCAGCAAGGAUGAUGAGGGAUGGGUGUGUGAUGAAGAUCACCAGGAGCAUGGAGAAGGUGCCAUCCAUGGUCAAACCCAUGUUUGGAGACACAUCUGCAGACAGCAAAAAGGAAAAACCUAACACCGAUAAAGAGAAGAACGCAUCUAACACACGCAAACCUUCAUCAUCCAAGAUUCCGAUAAAAGGGGACAUUACAAAGUAUUUACACACAAAGACAGACUCUGUUCAAAGCCUGGUCUCACCGAAGACUCUGCUGAAUGGCACAAAUACACCGCUAAUGGGAUGCGGCAGGAUGUCAGUUUCAGGAGGGGCUAAUAUUUCCUCUUCAGUUAUGAUCAAUUGUCCUUCACCACGCAAUAACAUCACCAGUCUUGUUCUGUGCUCCACUACUUUGGGCUGCCUCUCAAAUCUGCCAAACCAACCCUCUAAAAUGAGAGAAGAAUUAGGAUAUGUGGAAGAAGAGGAAGAGGCAGCAUUUUUAGUGGAACCAGAGGACAGGUGUGGUUCAUAUGAUGAUGUGGUGUUGGAGGAUGAAAGUGUUGGUGAAACUGAGGGAGAAUUUGAUGAUGACUAUGUGUCAGAUUUUGAGAGUGGAUGUCAUGUGUCUGGAAAGCCUAAUGCUGCGCAUUUACCAGGAGGCCAGGUGACAUUAAGGGGCACAAUUACAGAAACCAAGAGCAUUGUAAACAACUUAAGAACUCAAAAUAUGGCCAGUGAGUCAUCAAAGACGUCACAACCCGCAAAGAAGAUGAUAUCCUACGGUAAUGUGUCUAAUCACUUGAAAGAAAUGAGGCAGAAUUCAACAAUUUUGGACAAAAUUUCUUUUGCUGUGCCUAAAACAGUGCCCUCGGACAAAUCGAAUCACAAAACAGGACUUAGAACCUCUCUUCCAGUACAAGAAAACUCAUAUUCAUUUAAUAACAUGACUCAUAUAUUAAACACAUCCUCUCUAUUCACGCACAAACCCUUCAUCCCUGAAAAGACCUUCACCCCUUUUACUUCAUUUGCCAGGCCCAGAGCAGUCGUCACACAACACCCAAAGCCCAUAGAGACUCCAAAAUCUUCCUUCACCAUCUACACUGACGCGACUAAAACCUCUGUUUUGUCCGCCAGUGAAUCUUUUUCCAAGAACCUCCUCGCCCCUUUGUCCAUCAACACACUCAAUCAAUCCUCAAUUUCUAUAUCAAAGAAAGGGGCACAUAGGAUCACAUCCCCUCUGUGUGCUUGUGGGCGUCGUGCGAAGCGUCAACUCGUAUCUAACGGUGGUCCGAACCAGGGACGAGGGUUCUUCUGCUGCCCGGUUCGGCGCUCGGGCAGCGGAGGGAGACUCCAGAAAGGCUGCGAGUUCUUUAAGUGGGAGUCGGCUGUGAUGAAGAGCAGUUUACUAGUCGCUCGUGCUGUGGGGUCAUCUGUCUCUCUCUGUCAGAUCAACUCCUCUCUGAGCCGUCCUCCACCCCAGAGGCCAACCCUGCUGAGAAAGAGCUAUUAAAGUUGGGGUAGGAAACGUUUUUAAGGGGGCUGUAUUGUUGAAAUCUCAGCAGUCAAUCCAAUGCUCUGACAAAAAAGAUAUGUGGCUGUUUCAGGACUUAAAUAGCUUAAUCAAAUAAUUGUAUUUAAUGAAGUGAUGUUCAGCCUGCCUGCUUACCUGCAAGUAAUCUGCUAGCUUGACAGCUGUGAGUACAACACCAAUUUGUUGGUUUACCUUCAUUAUGGUGUGUGUUUGUUAAUAACCAAGUGCUUUAAGCAAUUUUCUUGCUAGAUUUAGUGUAUUUUGGAUAAGUGGAAAAGAGUUGUAACCCUCAAUUAGAUUUUUGUUAGAUCAAUUUUAAAAAUCUAGUUUACCGUGCUGGCACAGUCAAUUGUACCGACCCAAGCUUUAACUAGGAGAAAAAAAAGAAUGUGUGUUUUACCUCAGUAACACAGAUUUUAACUUGUUAUAUCGCCACAAAGAACAACAUUGUGUUUUAUUAAAGGUGUUUCUUCUAAGGCUUCGUAAAAAAUAAAAGAAAGAGAGUGUUUAUCCUUUAGGAACUAUAUUUAGCUGAAAAAAAUCCUUGUCAUUAAUUGUCAUUAAAACAAAUCUCAUUAUUUUGGGGUAAACACUUUUCAAUGUUUGUUAAAUGUAGUUAUAUUUAGAAAGGAUAUCAGGUUUAAUGUGCAAUAAUGAAAUUACAUUUACCAAAUGAAAUGUGUUAAUAUGAUUGUUUUUUUAGUAUUCUGACCAAUCAUGAACUCUGAUAAUGAAC